GGCCCUCGGAGGGAGUACGUGAAAAGAAAAUCGUUUCAUUUUCAUUCUUCAUUCACGCAUUCUAAAGUCUAACCUCCCACGCCCGCUCCCAUGGUUGUAAGAUCCAUACAUCCCCCCAAAUUUCUCGGCAUAGCGAAAGACUGAGUCGCAAUUUCAGGAGAGAGAAAGGCGGAGAUAAUCAUGGACGAAGCCAAGCAGUUAAUGGCUCAGCGCCAACAUCAACAACUAUUGAUGCAGCAACAACAACAGCAACAACAGCAGCAACAGCAACUGUAUCUUCUACAACACUUCCAGCAGCAACAGCAGCAGCAGCAGCAGCAGCAACAGCAACAUCAACAACAGCAGCAGCAACAACAACAGCAUCAUCAUCAACAACAACAACAAAAUCAGCAACAAAAUCAACAACAAAAUCAACCACAAAAUCAACUACAUCAGCAUCAGCAGCAACGGCAGCAACAACAAGCGGCGAUGGCGCGGUUUCCGUCGAACAUCGACGCACAUUUGCGGCCUCUCGGAGGUGCUAAUCGGCCCUUAGGUCAACCGCAAAAUCAAAACCCUAACCCUAAUUCGAAUUCAAUUCAUCCUCUUCACCAGCAACAAAACCCUAGCUCUAGUCCUCAAUCUCAGCACCAGCAAUUGCUUCAGCAACAAUUGCAGCAGCAGAAGGGAAUGAAUAGGGUUCUGUCUCAGGCGCAGCAACAGCAGGCUGUUCCUACUCUUGCUGGAAAUCAGGCUGAGCUUCAGAUGGCGUAUCAGGAUGCGUGGCGCGUUUGCCAUCCUGAUUUCAAGCGUCCUUUCGCUUCUCUUGAAGACGCUUGUGAAAGGCUGCUACCGUACCAUGUUGUGGCGGAUUAUGAAGCAGAAGAAGAUGAUAGAAUUCUUGAUUCUGAUACUACAGGGCAAAUGUUCUCACGCUCCCAGCAGUGGGAUCACAAUAUUGCUGCUAAAGUAGCCGAGUUCACGUCAACUUUUGAGAAACAGGCGCUAGCCUUUAACAUUAUAACUAGAAAGCGGGCCUUGGGGGAAUUUCGAUCUGAGGAAAGAUUGAUGAUUGAGCAGGCGCUGUUGCAAGAAGAAAAACGAGCAAUUAUGGAAGUACGGGCGGAAAUUGAGUCAAGGGCGGGCCGGGAGGCUCAUGAGGCUAAGAUGCGGAUGGCAGCCAUGCAGGCUGAGCAAGCCCGGGCGGAAUCACAGGCACAUGCUGAGUUGAUGGCUCGAGCUCCAAUUAGAGUCAAUGCUCUUGGAUCACAAGGAAAUGAUGCUUCAAUGAAUCACGACAUGACUGACCAGGAGCAAGGGGUGAUUCCCGAUGAGAUGAUCAAUGGGUGGGGCAACAAUGCACAGAGGGUUGAGAGAGAACCUUCUGAUGAUUUUUUGAAUGACGAGGAGGCAGAAAAUGGAGACACGGGAAUGCAAGAAGAGUGGCGUGAAAGUGGGGAAUUCGAUCUGAAUUCUAGAUGAUCUAAUGUAUACAGGCUGUUACUUGAGCAUUGUUUGGAAUUCUGUGUUUCCGUUUCUGGCUGAGUCGUUCUUGGUUAGGGAAAACUCUAGCAACAGCCUAGAUGUUUCGUGUAUUGGUUGAGUUACCUUCUUUAAAUGGCAUUACCCUUGUAUAAAAUCAGCCCCCUAGGAACUUAAUGGAUGGAGGAUCUUAAAUUGUUCUUGUUCAUCUUUUGAAGUAAAUUAAUCCUCUACAAUUUCGGGGAGGGACGGAUGAGACCUAUGAGGUCUAUCCAAUUAUUUAA